AUGACGCCUUGUGCCUCCGAGAACUCCGCACCAUCCACGCACUUUGUCAAUUGUACUGUACCAACUGUCACCCAUGGCCGUGGUGACAAGAAAGUUGUGUCAUACCUUCAACAAGUGAAUUACAAAUGUGACACUGGUUAUAGUAUAAAUGGAUCUGAAGGAGCAACUUGCAGUGAGAAUGGAAAUUUGACAGAGCUGAAGCCUGUGUGCAACAUUGUAAAUUGCACAGUGCCAACACUCAUGAAUGGCAAUGCAGACAAGACAAUGGUGUCCUAUCUUCAGAGUGUGAAUUACACGUGUAAUACUGGUUAUAGAAUGAAUGGAUCUGCAACAGCAAUGUGCAGUGCUGAUGGAACUCUACAAAUACCUACUUGCAACGUUGUCAAUUGCACAGUGCCAACUGUCGCCCAUGGCCGUGGUGACAAGAAAGUUCUGUCAUACCUUCAACAAGUGAAUUACACAUGUGACACGGGUUACAGUGUAAAUGGAUCUGAAGCAGCAACUUGCAGGGCAACUGGAACUUUGACGGAGCAAAAGCCUACCUGCAACAUUGUAAAUUGCACAGUGCCAACACUCAUGAAUGGCAAUGCAGACAAGACAAUGGUGUCCUAUCUUCAAAGUGUGAACUACACGUGUAAUACUGGUUAUAGAAUGAAUGGAUCUGCAACAGCAACUUGCAGUGCUGAUGGAAAUCUACAAAUGCCUACUUGCAACAUUGUCAAUUGUACUGUGCCAACUGUCGUCCAUGGCCGUGGUGACAAGAAAGUUCUGUCACACCUUCAACACGUGAAUUACACAUGUGACACUGGUUAUAGUAUUAAUGGAUCUGCAGCAGCAGCAACUUGCAAUGAGAAUGCAACUUUGACAGAGCUGAAACCUGUCUGCAACAUUGUAAAUUGUACAGCACCAACACUCCUACAUGGCAGUGCAGACAAGAAAACUGUGUCAUACCUUCAGCAUGUGAAUUACACAUGUAAUACUGGUUAUAGAAUGAAUGGAUCAGCAACAGCAACGUGCAGUGCUGAUGGAACUCUACAAUUGCCUACUUGCAACAUUGUAAACUGCACUGUGCCAACACUCAUGAACGGCAUUGCAGACAAGACAAUUGUGUCCUAUCUUCAGAGUGUGAAUUACACGUGUAAUACUGGUUAUAGAAUGAAUGGAUCUGCAACACCAAUGUGCAGUGCCGAUGGAUCUCUACAAAUGCCUUCUUGCAACAUUGUCAACUGUACUGUGCCGACUGUCGCCCGUGGCCGUGGUGACAAGAAAGUUGUGUCAUACCUUCAACAAGUGAAUUACACAUGUGACACUGGUUAUAGUAUAAAUGGAUCCGAAGCAGCAACUUGUACUGAGAAUGGAACUUUGACAGAGCUGAAACCUGUCUGUAACAUUGUGAAUUGCACAGUGCCAACACUCAUGAAUGGCAAUGCGGACAAAACCUUGGUGUCCUAUCUUCAGAGUGUGAAUUACACGUGUAAUACUGGUUAUAGAAUGAAUGGAUCUGCAACAGCAAUGUGCAGUGCUGAUGGAACUCUACAAAUACCUACUUGCAACAUUGUAAAUUGCACAGUGCCAACACUCAUGAAUGGCAAUGCAAACAAGACAAUGGUGUCCUAUCUUCAGAGUGUGAACUACAUCUGUAAUACUGGUUAUAGAAUGAAUGGAUCUGCAACAGCAAUGUGCAGUGCUGAUGGAACUCUACAAAUGCCUACUUGCAACAUUGUAAAUUGCACAGUGCCAACACUCCUGAAUGGCAAUGCAGACGAGACAAUGGUGUCCUAUCUUCAGAGUGUGAACUACACGUGUAAUACUGGUUAUAGAAUGAAUGGAUCUGCAACAGCAAUGUGCAGUGCUGAUGGAACUCUACAAAUGCCUACUUGCAACAGUAAGUGCAACUGA